GUCUUUCUCUGAAAGUUUUUGAUGGGGUGACGUUUUGGCGUGUGUGAAAAUUCUCGUCGGCCGAUAUAAACACAGUCAGGGUGAAAUUGCAAGUGUAAAAUGGCCGAUCUGGCGCUGGGACACGACGAGGAGGCAGACAUCAAUGAGGAACUGCAGCUGCAGCAGCUGGACGACACCUUCGACACCCGCAGCGAGGCGUCCUCCAGCGACUCCAACAAUCGGCCCAGCUGUAUCAGUUCCAUUAGUACAGAGUCGAGCGUGAGCCCCAACGCGCGGAACCGCACACAGAGCGCCCGGAAGGGUGCGCCCAAGAAGGCCACAGACGACGAUGAGCAACGGAGUCGAAAGGCUCCGACGAAGGUGCUGGCGAUGAAGCGGAACAGCGUGAAGAGCCAGCCGAAGUCCUAUGACUACAUGACAAAGCUAAACUACCUGUUCCGGGAGUCGCGAUACUUCGUCAUCAAGUCCAACAAUGCCGAGAACGUGACGCUGUCCAAGGCGCGCAGUGUGUGGGCGACGCUGCCGCAGAACGAGGCGAACCUCAACCAGGCUUUCCGGGAGUGUCGAAAUGUGCUGCUUAUCUUCUCGGUGAAGGAGAGCGGGCGCUUCGCUGGCUUCGCCCGCAUGAACACCGAGGCACGCCACGACGGACCCACGGUUAGUUGGGUGCUGCCGCACGGGCUGUCGGCGAAGGCGCUGGGAGGAGUGUUCAAGAUCGACUGGAUUUGCCGAAAGGAGCUCUCCUUCACCUGCACUGGUCACCUGUUUAAUCCGUGGAACGAUGGGAAGCCUGUGAAGAUUGGCCGCGAUGGUCAGGAGAUUGAGCCGAAGGUGGGAGCCGAGCUGUGUCGCCUCUUCCCGGAAGAUGACUCCAUCGAGCUCACGUCUAUCCUGCGCAAAUCUAAGGAGACAUCGAUGAUUUUGCGCGAGAAGGGUAUCCGCCCCAAGGUGGCCUACCGGGGGCCCCCUCCUCGAGGCUUGCCGGCACCGCGCGGCCGCCAGCCGCCCGUUGUGCGUGGUAUAGCGCGCAAGAAGUUGUAUCUGACGAGCCGCAGCAAAUUGGCCAGAUCUGGAUCUCCGUACAGUCGCGUGGACAGACUGCUGCCGCCGCCGCUGUGGGAGCGCUAUCCCACCAGCACGGCGGCCGCGGAGGCGUACGUGGAGAAGUACAUGCGCCAAAUGCAGCACCAGCUCCCGCCGAUGCCUUACGCCCCGCCGCCGGGAUUCACCACGAUCCUUCCGACGCCCUACGACGCGCUCCCGCCCCCGCCGCCGCCGCCGCGAUACUACGACGGCCUGCCGGUGCCCGAGUACCCACGACAUUCCUACGACAGUGGCCGCUACGAGCGGGAGGACUUCAUGCGCGCCGGCCUGGAGCGCCACCCGGACUAUCGGCACAGGGCGCGCGAGCGGGAGCGCGAUCGGGGCGAGUACCGGGACAGGAGCAGCCACCACCGGAACUACAGAGUGCGCCGAUGAUCGACCCAGAAGCAGUGGCAAUUUUGAGGCGACUGGAGGACGGCGCUUCGUCAGGGCGGCGCAGGGGUGAAAAUCUCAAGCAGAAUGUGAGAAGAAAUGAGUGGUGUUUAGAUGCCAAGUCAAGCAAUGUUUCGCUCCUCCUAAUAUCAAUGUCUAAUGAGUAUUUCUAUCGAUUUGAAUGAUGAUAUAAAGCUUUGAUUUCUUAAAUUC